AUGAAAGUAAUCGCUUUUGUUAUGCUCAUUUCUCUUCUUCUGCUUAAUCAGGUACUUGCAGAGGUCUCUUCAUACACCAACUCUGAAACUUCCUCUGUUUCUUCUCAGACGAACGACGAGAACCAAACGGCCGCGUUUAAGAGAACAUACCAUCGUCCACGAUUCAAUUGUGGGUAUGCGUGCGCAAGGAGAUGCAGAGAGACGUCGAGGAAGAAAGUGUGUAAGAGAGCGUGUGGAAGUUGCUGUGCUAAGUGUCAGUGUGUACCGCCUGGAACUUCCGGUAACACAGCAGCAUGUCCUUGCUACGCCACUCUCCGUACACAUGGCAAUAAGCUCAAGUGUCCUUAA